GCGGGCUACGGUAGCCGGCGAGGGCCCAGGGGCGGGGGAGCGCGCGCGCGUGGAGAGGAGCGGCGGCACUGGUACCGGCACUGGGUCAGCCAUGGAGUACGUCAGCGCUGAGCAGCUGGCCGGGUUCAGCAAGUACAAGUACAGCGCUGUAGACAGCAACCCCCUGUCUCUGUACGUCAUGCACCCCUUCUGGAACACGAUAGUCAAGAUCUUCCCUACCUGGCUGGCUCCAAAUUUGAUAACGUUUUCUGGCUUCCUGCUGCUUGUCUUCAACUUCUUCCUCAUGGCAUACUUCGACCCUGACUUUUAUGCUUCUGCUCCUGAUCACCAGCAUGUUCCAAACGGAGUGUGGGUUGUUGUGGGUAUCCUCAACUUCGUUGCCUAUACAUUAGAUGGUGUUGAUGGGAAGCAGGCUCGCCGGACCAACUCCAGCACGCCUCUGGGAGAGCUCUUUGAUCAUGGCCUGGACAGCUGGGCGUGCGUGUACUUUGUCGUGACGGUAUACUCCACCUUUGGACGGGGCUCCACAGGCGUCAGCGUCUUUGUUCUCUACCUCCUCUUAUGGGUGGUUUUGUUUUCAUUCAUCCUUUCCCACUGGGAGAAGUAUAACACAGGGAUUCUCUUCCUGCCCUGGGGAUAUGACAUCAGCCAGGUGACGAUUUCAAUUGUCUACAUAGUGACAGCCAUUGUGGGAGUAGAGGCCUGGUAUGCACCUUUCCUGUUUAAUUUCUUAUAUAGAGACCUAUUCACUGCAAUGAUUAUUGCUUGCGCAGUCACUGUGACGCUGCCAAUGAGCCUCUACAACUUCUACAAGGCCUAUAAGAACAAAACCUUAAAGCACCACUCUGCGUAUGAAAUCAUGCUGCCACUGGUAUCCCCAGUGUUGCUCUUCCUGCUCUGCACCACAUGGAUCUUCGUGUCCCCAACAGAUAUCCUGGAGGUCCAUCCCAGGCUCUUCUAUUUCAUGGUUGGAACAGCCUUUGCUAAUAUUUCUUGCCAACUGAUCGUCUGUCAGAUGAGCAGCACACGCUGCCAGCCUCUGAACUGGAUGCUGCUCCCCAUAGCGGUGGUGCUUUUCGUGGUGAUGUUCGGGUUCGUGCCAAACAGUGAAACGCUUCUCCUCUACAUGUUAACCACCUUCCUCACCCUGGCGCACAUCCACUACGGAGUGGUGGUGGUGAGCCAGCUGAGCAGGCACUUCAACAUACGGCCCUUCUCAUUAAAAAAGCCCACACCAGAUUGACUAGGAGUGGAGGAAGAGAAAAUCGGCUUGCAGUCUGCAGAAGUACUGUAAAUAACUGCUGCAAAUACCUGUAAAUACUUCAACCAUCACCACAGAUCUAAACCUUUCCUCUGGACGGACAUCAGGGCAAAGUACGCACGGUAUCCGGUGCAGCCAGGGCAGAACUGGUACGGGGCAGCCUCCACUGCUGUUUGAUGCACUCAUGCUUUGAGUUUUGGGUGACACUGGAGGAGGAGGGUCGCCUUUCAGGUCACUGUUACUGUAUAUUAGACCAGCUGAAUGUUCCCAGUGAAACCUCCAACUCCAGCUCUCGCUCGGGUGAAGCCGGUUAGGGACGCAGAUGGCUUUUUCUGAGCAAAACAUCUUCACCUGACACCAAACCCAGUGUAACAGCUGAUUUCUGCAAGGUCAGGGGAACAUCCUGGUGGUUGGAGGUGUUCCUAUCUGUCCCUAAUCCUUCUGGACAGCCCUUGGCUUGGGCUGCUACUUGGGGAGCAGGUGGUGACAGUUGUUCCACGUUCUGUCCUGCACUCACCGAUUUGGGUAAAUACUUGCAUGUUUAUUUUUCUAAGAGGAAAAAAGAGAACAACUCACAAAACUUCUGUAAUUUCUACUUGUGGGGGCUUAGAAAUCAGGGCUCGCUUUCCUGUAAAAGUGGGAAGGCGGCUUCCACCUCUCCUGUUUGAGCCGUGGGUACCUAGGACCACAUCUUGACUGUGUUCCUGUAUAUCCACCUGGGAGUUUUCCACCUGGGAGUGACGUUUGGGCUCUGAUUGGCAGCAGAAAGUGGCUUACACUGGCCUAACUCCCCUCUCAUCCUACUGGAACAAACUUGCUGUUGCAGGUGGGCUCUGUGGGGUCCUUGCACACUGCCACAGCCUCUUCUUCCACAGCAGCACAGCUUUGCCCAUCACCUUUCCCACCGGACCAUCAACGGCCACAAAUCCACCACUUCUCCAAGUGUGGUGGGCGUGCGUGGAGGGGAAGAAGGUUGGGUGAAGCAGGGUAUGGACUCCAGGGCAGCUUAAGACGGUUUCUUAAGGUAUGGCUAUUGCAGAAAGAUGAAGCAGCAGGGGAUGGAGAUGGAAGGUGGGAGAUGGAACAAGGGAGCAGCACAUCCCAACCUGUUCCUGCCUGUGCAGAGUGCCAGUUGGUGGCACCUCUGACCUUCCCGGGGCUGGCAGCAGGGUUCCUUGGAAGAGAAGAAUUUGUGCAGCACAGGGAGCUUCACUGUCACCCUUCAGAGCAUCUUCCAAGGCCUGUGUCUGUGUGGCUGUUCAGUUUGCUUGGGCACACAGGGGAAGGAGUUGGUGAUGCUGCCUCAUCCUUCUGGAAAUAAGUGUUGUGUCAGUUGUGUGUGCACUUUCAGAAAGCUCACAGGCAUGUGUGUGUGGUGUGUCCUUUCCAAAUAUCACUCGAUUUUCUAAACUAUUGUCCCUGGCGGCUGCACGUCUCAUCCAGGGAUACAUUUGUUUACUGUCCAUUUGUGAACGACAGGUUUGCAUCAAUCUAGUUUUUCAUUUAAACUUGUUUUUGCCAUUGAGUUAGAGUGGGGUGGUGAAGACUGAAUGCUGAUUUUCUUUUCACUUUAUUUAAUGAAGACUUGUGCUUGAAUGAAGAGUGUAGCUUAAACCCAGGCUCUGGAAAGGCUGCAUCCGGAAGCGAACAAGCACAGCCGAUUGUGCAUAUGUAAUCUAUCGUGGGAACAAGGUUGCUUAUACACUGAUUAUUGGGCAACGUGGCUUGCAGAAGCUCGGUCACAGCAUUUUCCUUUUGCAGGUGAAGACUCCUGCUUUAGGAAACCUUCCAACCCUAACUAUUUAAUGCUUUUUCUUUUGUAAAUUGGAAUCUUUGUCAUGCAGACUGAGACUUGAAAUCCUGAGGCGAGCUCACGCUUUCAGGGUUGCUCAGUCAUGGUACGCCCUGCGAAGAACGAGCUGGCGCAUUCAGCCAGGCUGACAUCAUGGAGGGCCCGGCUGAACGUCUGUGUGUCCAUACGGUUGCGAUGUCUCUGGGAAGACUGCCUCGUCCAGAAAGGGGGCAAAUUCAGAGUUUAUUUAAUAAAACAGCUUACCUCUAUAUAUAAUUUCCUGACAUUGUACAGAAACAAAACCCUAAGUGUACAAAUGAAUUGAACUGCGCUUGAAUUUUUGACUCUUUGCUAUUUAAUGAGAUAUAAUUAUGAAGGGAGAUAAGUUUAAGUCACUCUCACGCAAGAAUUACAGGAAGUCUUAAAACGGGAUGCAAAGUUUAUGGGCUGUGUUCAGAUAGCAAAAUUGCGCUAGCAGCACUGCAAAAAGUGGAGGUCGGAUGAUUUAAUUCCUAGCAUUGUGUUUGCAGGACUGGGGAAUAACCGAGCUGCUCCCUCGGACUUCCAGCUUGAGGGCUGGAGAUCCCAGUCUGGAGCUCGCCUUUUCCAGUGUCCUCCCACUUGCAUUACUGGGCCAGGGCUAAUGCUGUGAGGUGUCUGAUAUUAAAUCUUGGGAUGUUGCUUUGUCUCCGUAAUGCACUGCAUGUCUGUUGUCUGUGAGCUGCCAUGCUUUGCAGCACUUAAUGUACCCUGAAAAACCCCUUUGGGAAGUUAACAUGGAAGCGGGGCUUCCUCUCUCAAAUUCUGCCAAUACUUGUGCUGUAGGAGAAACGUCUCUUAAAAACUGGAACCACUUCCUAUCUGCACAGGCUUUGUCUUUGGAGAGUCCUAGAUUUUUGGUGCCUUAAUUUACUGCACCAUGAAGCUAGAAAUAUAUCUCCUUAAAUCAGCGCUGGCAAACAGCCUCACCUGUUGCUGUGCCAGCCAGCUUGUGGCAGAGCCAGGAGAGAGCUGACCUGACCUCAGCACACAUAGAACUCUGUUCCUAACUCAGGGGUGUUCGUUUCUGCUACUAGAUCCAGGGGGGUAAUGAAAAUGAACAGAAACACCAAACCGUCUUGCCAUGGUGGGGUGUGAGAUCCUGAGAAACAAACUGUUUAUUAAUAAUAAUGGGUUUAAGUCUUAAGAAUAAAUGUAUUCCUUCCUUGCUAGCAGCAUCCGAGGGUACUUGUGUUCCUGUAGUGGCUGGUUGCCUUGGCUUCACUCUCUCCUUGCCAUGGUAUGUGGUCCUGGAGUGGGACAGGACCAUGCAGGAUGUGCGCUCGCUUUUCAACUCCUCCUGUCUGAGAGAGCUGAUCUGUGUUGUCUCUUCUUCCAGGGAUAGUGUUAAUCAUCUUUUCCUAAUUACUGACGGCCCUCCUGAGUUGAUAACAGGACUGUCUUACUCUUUCUUAAAUCGAUUUUGCACCUUUUGUCUCGAUACAGAGUAUUACCAGGAAAAAUCCUCUCCAGGGAGGGGUGCGGUCCUGCAAGACCCACUGGGAUGCUGGUCUGUGGCCUCUGACUCCAGACAGGUCCUUGUGCUGUGGGAAGAGGUGACCAGCUCUUCCUGGUGCUCGCUGCACGGUGGCUGGUCAGCCUUUGCUCUGAAGUGGGUUUUGGUGGGAGCUUGGGGUACACCAGUGCGGCAGCACAGGACCCACAUAGCAGAGGUGCAGAGGCAGCCUCGCUUGCAGCCAUUUUCAUCUCAGUCUUGUGAUUUCUAUCACAGCUCCUCCCUCUGUGCAGAUCCAGGAGCUUCGUGCAGGGAUUCAGAAGGUGAGGGUGAUGCACAAGUUUUGGGAUCUCCUGGGAUUUGGGUAAAAGCAGCCUUUGCACUAAAAGCAAUGUUUUACAAGUACAAACACUACUGUGUGAGGCUACAAACACCAAGCGCCUGCACGCUGUGGUUCUGACUCGUUCAUUGCCCACUGUGUCUGUGCCACAAUGAACUCUUCUGUGACUGGUCACUGCAAGGACUCCCAACAGGCUCCCAUCUCACAAACAUCACCCAUCUGAUACAGGUGGCUUUGCCUGAGCCGGGGGAGCAGCAUAUUGUGAGCUUCUAAGGCUCUGGAAAUGUAUAUUUAAGCUCCUUAAAUAGAGGUGGCCUGAUGUCACUUCCCGGGUGCAAUGAGGACCUGCAGUUCCUAGUCUGAGAGCUGUUUUGAUCUUGGUCAGAUCAGUUCCAGCAGAAUCCCUCAAUUCUUCUCCCCUGACAGCGUCAGUGCCUUCUUGUGGUAGAUCUGGAAAGUCUUUAGAGAAGCAACACUGUUGGGAAAUUAGCUCAGAUCUCUGUUUUUGCAUAUACAGAUCCAGGGGAACAGUUUAUUCUUGUGCAAACACAGCCUGUGUAGCAGAGCUCUGGUCAGUUUGAUGGCAAAACUCUGCGUGGGCUUUCUGUAUCCUUCCAAAAACUGCAGGAACCUUGCUGAAGCUGAGUCUCGUUUCCAGUUGUCCCUCGACCCUUCAGCCCAACAGUGUUCCCCCUUCCACACCCCACCCCAAAAUCUGUGAGAGCAGUGGGUCAGGCAUGCUGCGGUGCCAUGGCCAGUGGUGGAGACAGAGCUGGGUCAGCCAAACAUUCCUUUACUCUUUGCUGUUCUAUCGUGGACCUGCGGUCCUUGUGUGGGGUUCCAAACUUGAGGCCUCCUGCUUUUACCCACCUAUUCUACCUCGCUGCACUGCCAAAGCAGCGGCCAAGAGGACGCGGAGGCUGCUCUUGGUGGGACAUGAGAAUGAGAUGCUACGCUGACCUCUUUGUUUCUGGGAAAGAUCUCUGUUGAUUUGUAGAAGACCCUUUGGCCCAUCCUUGGUCAAACCUGGCUUGCGAGGUCUCUAGACUGGGCUCUGAGGAAGCAGGGCAUCACUGCCCCCAGAGCAGGGGCUCCUGGUGAAAUUGGCCACUGUUCAUUUCAGCCAGUGGUAUCGGUGAUGGCUGCUUGGGAGGAGCUGGUGCUGGUGCUUCAGGUUCUAGACCUCACUAACCAGAAUCUUCUGCCUGACUCCUACCAGGCAGUGUUUCAGGCUGACCUGCUCCCAUCCCUCAAGCUUUCAGCUGAGGUGGAGCCUGGUUUUGGUAGUGGUUCAUGUUGUGUGGGUACCAGCCUCUCUGGAAGAGGAGGGUGGGAGUCCUCGAUUUGGCCAUAGAAUCAUGGAAUGGUUUGGGUUGGAAGAGACCUCAAAGCCCACCCAGUUCCACCCCCUUGCCAUGGGCAGGGACACCUCCCAUGGGAACCAGUUACUCCAAGCCCCAUCCAACCUGGCCUUGAACAAUCCCAGGGAUGGGGCAGCCAUGAUUUCUCUAGGCAACCUGGGCCAGGGCCUCCCCACCCUUCUGGUCUUCUGAGAGAGUGCUGAAACACUGUCUCUUCCAGCUAUAACCCUGCACACAGAGGCAAAGGAAGGCAGCAGCGUCAAACCCAGCCCACAGAGAUGGGGUGAGCCAGGGCAUUUCAGACUCAACACUUGCCUCCGAGUGGUUUUGCAAACAGACCCGGCCCCCUGGGCUCCUACUGGUAUUCCUGCAGGGCAGGGAGUGUCUCUGCAACCCUGUGGAGCGUUUUCCAAGACCUGUGCCUGUGUGGCUGUACAGAGUGGGGAAGGAUUUGUUGAUGCUGCCUUGUCCUUCUGGAAACAAGUAGGGAGGCUUUAACUGAAUUCUGCAGAUCAGUCUUAUAUCACCGAGCUCCUGGUGCCCGGUGCCGUGGGGGCUGUGGAACGAUGCAGGGGGAGCUGUGCUUGUGCUGCUGUUGUGGUUUGGUUCUGUCCCUUCCCUGUUGCGCCUUCCUGAGGAGCCACACUCAGCAGGAGCUGGGCUUCUCUGGGUCAUGGGGUGCUCUGCCAGGCUCCUCCCCAGAGCCAGGCAAGCUUGGUGCCUCUGCAGUGGGAACCGGGCUCCCCUGGGGCUUAGAGGGCUCUGCCACGCUCCCCACCGGAGCUGAGCAAGCUCUGUGCCUCUGCGGUGGGAACCAUGUUCCCCUGGAGCUCGGAGGGCUCUGCUGCGCUUCCCACAGGAGCUGAGCAAGCUCCGUGCCUCUGCAGUGGGAACUGGGCUCCCCUGGAGCCUGGGGGGCUCUGCCAGGCUCCCCACUGGAGCCAAGCAAGCUCAGUGCCUCCGCGCAGGGUGGCCCCUAACUAGAGAUCAGAUGAAUCAGCCUGGCCGUGAGCAGUGGUCCCGGCACUGCCGUGGUCCAGGGACCCCAAUCACUUCCCUGGAGCCCUGUCGCUGGGAGUUGAGGUACUGCAGUGUGUGUGAGUUCCCAUAUGUUAAAUGCUAUUACUGAAAUAUUUAUUGUGUUGAAACCAAACAAAAAAAAAACUAUUAAAGCUCAGUAAAGAAUAA